AUGACUCGGAUCGUGGAGGUCAAAGUCUUGGAGGAGCUCGUGCAACCCGUGCACACAAACAGCAUCUCUAGUCACGCGCAGAAAACCUCUUUCUCUUUAACCCAGUCCUCUCUCUGGUCUGUUUCUCAGGUGUUCUCGAAAAUAUUCAGCCAUGAAGCCUUGGAAAGUUACCUCCCAAAGAUUCAGCUGGUGAUCCAAGACACCUUGCGAGUCUGGGGCAGGAACCCCGACCCCAUCAACGUCUAUCAUGAAGCCCAGAAGCUCACUUUCCACAUGGCUAUCCGCGUCCUCCUGGGAUUCCGAAUCCCAGACGAGGAGCUCACCCGGCUGUUUGAAGUCUACCAGCAGUUUGUGGAGAACGUCUUCUCCUUGCCUGUGGACCUGCCCUUCAGUGGCUACCGCCGGGGGAUCCGUGCUAGGGAGAUUUUGCAGAAGGGCUUAGAAAAAGCCAUCCGGGAAAAGCUGCAGAGCCCCCAGGGCAAGGACUAUCUGGACGCGCUGGACAUCCUGAUAGAAAGUGGCAAGGAGCACGGCAAGGAGCUGACCAUGCAGGAGCUGAAGGACGGCACCCUUGAGCUGAUCUUCGCUGCCUACGCCACCACAGCAAGCGCCAGCACCUCUCUGGUCAUGCAGCUCCUGCGGCAUCCGGCGGUCCUGGAGAAGCUCCGCGAAGAGCUGAGGAGCAAGGGGAUCCUGCACAACGGCUGCCUCUGCGAGGGGGCUCUUCGGCUGGAGACCAUUGGCAGUCUCCACUACCUGGACUGUGUCAUCAAGGAGGUGCUCCGGCUCUUCACCCCCAUUUCAGGGGGCUACCGGACGGUGCUGCAGACCUUUGAGCUGGAUGGCUUCCAGAUUCCCAAAGGAUGGAGCAUCAUGUACAGCAUCCGUGAUACUCAUGACACAGCUCCUGUCUUCAAAGACGUGGAUGUGUUUGACCCCGAUCGCUUUGGACAGGGCCGCAACGAAGACAAAGAUGGCCGGUUCCAUUACCUCCCCUUCGGUGGAGGUGUACGGACCUGUCUUGGCAAACAUCUUGCCAAGCUGUUCCUCAAGGUGCUAGCCGUUGAGUUGGCUAGCACAAGCCGAUUUGAAUUGGCCACCAGGACUUUUCCUCAGAUGACGCUUGUGCCUGUGGUCCACCCGGUCGAUGGACUCAAGGUCAAAUUUUUUGGACUUGAUUCAAAUCAGAAUGAAAUCUUGACAGAGAGAGAGGCCAUGCUAGGUGCCACAGUGUAGGCCAAAUGCUUCUCUUGGCUGGGGAGGUUGAAGAGAACAGAAUGGAGAAUGGAAAGGAAAAAGCUAAAGCCACCACUGUUGGAGACGUGCUAACUUUGGUGGAACAUAUUCGGCAAAGCCUUCUCCAGCGAAUACGCCAAAAACUGUGGUGGUGUUUUACUGGGAGGGGGAAGAACAGAUUUCCCCUAGAUGGAUUCUGUUUUAUUUUUUUGAACACCAAUGAGAGGAGAAUUGUCUUGACCAUAAUCAGCGUAUGUAUGUGUGUAUAUACACUUACUUUCAAGUGUUAAUCAGGCAGUGACAUCCCACAGUAUUUGGGGACUGUUUUUGUCUGCUAUUAAAAAUGGCCGAGGGAAUCCCCGAGCGGGCCUGGGAACAAAUCAGCCGUGUGCGCUUGUGGCAUGUGGGGUGGGAGGGCCUCUCCCUGCAUUCAUGCUUGGAGGGCAGGUUUAAAACCCAUGUGGGGGGGUUAUCAGAAAAAUGGCUGAGGAAGCUGCACAUUUUCGUGAAGGCAGAAGGCUCAGCCAGAGAUCUUGACGCCUAUUUUGCAAGGCUUUGGGGUGGCUCUGGAGUAUGUGCAGCUACCACAACUUGUCCUCCUGAAGUUACCAAGAUGCAAUCUUUGGCUGUGGCUUCUCUAGCCUGGUUAGAAAAAUAAAGAAGUGGAAGGAGGGAGAGUUGGGCUGUGGAUUCUGAGCUUCUGUGCUUGGUAGGUGAGAAGGUUCUGGGGUUGUCUUCUCCAGGGCCCCAAAUGGCCAUCACUUCCAGAGCCCAGCACCAUCUUCCUUGCUGAGUCUGAGGAGACCAGAGCUGGGCCAUGGUCAGAGAAGGUCCUUUGAGGCUGCCAGCUGC